GCCGGGUUUUGGGUGAUCCAGGCCGGGUUUUGUGCUCGAUCCUGACCCCGCUCCAGCCCAGCGGAUCCAGGCCGGGUUUUGGGGGUCCCGGUCCCGGUUCGGCCCGGCCAUGGCGGCCGAAAAACCCGGAGGGCCGGACGGGGCGCCCCUCCCCCACGCCUCCCCUCCCCCCUAUGGCCCCCCAGCCCCUCCCCUGGGCGUGGCAGGGGGCGGGGCCUCCACCCUGCCCCGGGGUUUCCCAGGGGCCGCCACGUUACCCCGGGGAUGGGCAGGGGGCGGGGCUUUAGGAGUAGGGGGCGGGGUUGGGGGCGGGGCUCUGGGCGCGGCCACGCUGCCUCGGGGGCUGGCGGGAACGGGAGGGGGCGGGGCUCUGGGAGGGGGCGUGGCUCUGGGAGGAGGGGGCGGGGCGGCGCACGCGGCCACGCUGCCCAGACCCCCCCACCACCACCACGCCCCCCACCACGCCCCGCCCCUCCCGCCGCAGCCCUACGGCCCCGCCCCCAGCGCAGGCCCCGCCCCUCCGGCCCCGCCCCCUCCGGUGGGGUUCGCGGCCCCGCCCCCCCCGCCCCCCUUCGCGCUGCAGCUGCAGCAAUGCGGGAACAGCGGGGGAGGGGCGGCGUACCUGCCCGUGUACCCCGGGCAACAGACCUUUGGCUCCGCCCCCCCCGGGCCCGGCCCUUUGCCCGGCUCGGUGGGCGGGGCCGGGGGGGCUCCCCUGGGUCCUCCCCUGGGUCUGGGGGUCCCCGAGGGGCACCGGGGGUCCCCUCCCCACGAUUACCUGCCCAUCGCCGUGCUGACCACGCUCUGCUGCUUCUGGCCCACCGGCGUCGUGGCCAUCGUCAAGGCCGUGCAGGUGCGCACGGCGGUGGCGCGGGGGGACAUCGUGUCGGCCGAGAUCGCCUCGAGGGAGGCGCGGAAUUUCUCCUUCAUCAGCCUGGCCGUGGGCAUCGCCGCCAUCGUGCUCUGCACCAUCCUCACCGUCGUCAUCAUCAUCGCUGCCCAGCACCAGGACAACGACUGGGACCCCUGAGACCCCUCCCCAAAAAAAAAAAAGAAAAAAAUCCCUCUGAAAAAAAAAAAUCGCAAAAAAAUCCCCCCCAAAAAAGCCCCAAAAAAUCGAAAAAAAUCCCCCAAAAACCCACAAAAAAUCACAAAAAAUCCCCCCAAAAAUGCCCCAAAAAUCGAAAAAAAUCCCCCAAAAAAUUACCCCAAAAAUGCCCCAAAAACCCACAAAAAAUCACAAAAAAGUCCCCCAAAAAUACCCCAAAAAUUAAAAAAAAUCACAAAAAAUCCCCCCAAAAAUACCCCAAAAAUUAAAAAAAAUCCCAUAAAAAAUUACCCCAAAAAUGCCCCAAAAACCCACAAAAAAUCACAAAAAAUCCCCCCAAAAAUACCCCAAAAAUUAAAAAAAAUCACAAAAAAA